UCCACAUUCAAUCUCCUGCAGUCCACAUUCAAUCUAAUCAAUCUCUCACCUUUAGGGUCGACUCCUUGUAACUCGAAAAUGACGGAGAUAUUCCCUCCGGCUGUUCUUCAAUUUUAUCGAAACGUGGAAAGUCAAAAAGUUCCUGUCUUUUUCUCUCGCUACCCUGUUGGAAUCAGCAUUGCAGCCAGGGACGUUGAAGAGGUACUCAGAUGCAUUGGCGAGGAAGCUUCUAAAGAAGGCUCACGGGAACGACGCCGAGCGCUGAUCAGACAUACCAAUCCUUAUGGAGAUCCAUUUGCCGUUUGCCACUGCUCAGCUCUUCCAGAAAGGCUGGUUCUAUUAGCUAGCUUGAUCGAGGUGAUGUGGAUUCAUGAUGACGUAACAGAGGAAUUGGACCACAAAGCUGCAUGCAGAGAGCAUGCAGAUCUGGCAAUAGUCCUCCGACUUGACAUAGAUCCUACGGCCCCCGGCCUCGAGUCGAUCAAUUUGCGACAAAAAGUACUAGCGGGCGUGCUUCGAAAGGCAAUCGAUAUAGAUCUCAGUCAAGCUCCUGCUAUGAUCGACAUGUUGAAAACUUACCUGGCAACAUUUGACAGCGUCGGUAGUGACUUCACCCGGAUGGACGAGUACAUGCCCUACCGUAUCUCCAACUGCGGUUACUGGAUGUCCUCGUACUUUGUCCGCUGGGGAAUGGGUAUGACCCUCAGUGACGAGGACUACGCGAGUAUAGAGCAAUACGAUACUGCAAUGGGAAAUGUCCUCGGUCUGACCAAUGACUUCUUUAGUUGGAAUAUCGAGAAGGAUCAGAAGACAGAUCGGAUGAGAAAUGGAGUGUUGGUUCUGAUGAAGGAGCAUGAUAUACCGGCAGAUGCGGCAAAGAGGAUGCUUUUUAGAAUCAUUAUUGAAGAGGAGUGCAAGGCCACAAAGCUCAAGGGGGUAAGGUUGAAGGAGCCGGCUUCGAAGGAGAUCUUGCAAUAUUUCGAGGCUAUUGAGUUGUAUGUUGGUGGAAGCUGCUUCUGGCACUCAACUGCGCCUCGUUAUAAGGUUUUCGAGUGGAUGUAG